ACACGACCCGGAGCCGCGGCGGUGACGUGUGUGUCAACACGACUGACAGCUGGCAGGCCUCGGCGUGACGGGCACCGCUCCCAUGGCCUAACCACUCCCCUCAGAUACUGAAGAAGAUUCAACAUGUCCAGCCAGAAGAAAUGUGAGACCGUGGCCAGUCUGAACUACCCCAGCUACGCCGUGACAGCCGUGGGCGGCCGGCAUGUGGUGGUGGGCGGCGGCGGCGGCUCGGCCAAGACGGGCAUCAAGAACCAGUUCGAUGUAUUUGAACUGUACCACAAUGGAAACCAGACUGUCGGGGAGCGAGUUCUUUCGUAUGAUGUUGGGGAUGACUGCAUCACCAACAUGGUGGCUUGGCCAGGGGCCAUCACAGCAGCCACCACUAUCAAGACAGCACCCAUCAUCACCCUUGCUGUGGGUCAGGAGGAGAAGUGUGUCAUCAUGAAGCUGAAGCCAACACUCAAGGCAGUGAAAAAGGAGGAAGUCUCUCUACAGCAGUCAGUGAAAGGAAAAGAGAAAGGUCAUGCAACAGGCCUUUUAAGAAAAAGAAGAAUAAGUGAAAAGAGUGCAGAGGAAGGGUCAACAGAAAAAGAAGACAUAAGAGAAGAAAAAAAGAGGCGGCGGUCCAUCAACACAACCCUUCGAGGCACCAAGUACUUUACAUUUGACGUAGACAAAAUCAGCUCCAUAGAUACAGUUUUCAAAAAGAAAACAGAAGAUGAAGUAUAUCAGAAAUGUUGUGGAGUAUCUCCUGACUACAAGUUUUUGGUGACGGGUGGAACUGAUGGCUACCUAAGAGUCUGGAGUCUACCAGAAAUGAAGAAGGAAAGAGAGAUAAAGGCUCAUGACAAGGAAGUUGAUGCCCUUGACAUCAAACCAGACUGUAAACAGAUUGUCUCUGUGUGUAAGCCUGCUUAUGAGUGUUGUGUAUGGAGCCUCAAGGAUGGAAGCAAAAUAACACAUGUGGUGCUGCAGACCAAUGGAGUCAAGUACAAAUGCUUUCGUGCCAAAUAUGGAAUUGUUGAAGGAAGUAUACAGAAGACCAGACUCUUCACAAUUAGCAACCCAGUUAUAGGAACUAAAAAUCCUGCUAUUGUGGCAAAGUGGUGUGGCAAGACAUACAAGCAAGAAAAAACAAAAUCUUUGGUAGGAUCUUUAAGCAGUCUGGCCCUCAGCGACAAUGGCCAGUACUUGGCCACUGGAACCAUGGGUGGCAAUGUGUACAUCCUCAUUGCCUUUAGUCUGCAACAACUACAAGUUGUGGAAGAGGCCCACAGCAUGUUUGUGACAGGUUUGGAGUGGCUUCCUACACAGAACAAAGCAUCACAGAUGGUGCGUGGCUACUCGGAUGCCUCCGUCCUCUCCAUCUCCUGUGAUAAUUCUCUCAAAAUUCACCACAUUCCUCGACCAGGUAUGGUGCCAGUCUGGGUUGUUGCCAUCCUUGCUACUGGUGUGCUGUGCUUUGCCUUUUUACUAGCAAACUUUUUAGGGUUGUAGAGCUGUAAAGUUUAAUAUACAUAUUUGUACAUGGUGAUAAUUGGGGGAAAGGGAAAUUAUGACAGCUUUCCUUAGUACAAUGUCAGAAUCAUGAGUCUCAAACACUUUGAGACAUCAGAAGCUAGAGUUUGUGAUUACACUUAAUUAAAAGUAGAGGAAAUUGGAUUUAUUUAUCAGAGUCAUUUAUUAGAGAGUUAUGUAUAUACCCAGCAAUUUAAAACUAAUGUAAAGGUGCAAUAUACCUCAGAUUAGAUUUGUAAAUGUAAGAAUUGUCCUCAGCUUUUAAACAUUCACAAAAAAUGUGGAUUGAUAAUAGUAGUUCAUCUCUCCUAUAUAUAGAGUAUACACACACACACACACACACACACACACACACACACACACACCUUGAGAGAGCAGUGUCUGUGAGAGGUUCAAGUCACUUUGUAUUUCCCAUGCACAAAACUGGGAGAAACACUAUCAUCAUUUCCCAAGAAUUAUUGAAUCUGAAUACAUGGAGAAGAUAUUGGCAUCUCCUGCCUCCCUCACCACACCACACUGUUGGGGUGUUAGGGUCAGUUAAUGACUUGCCAACCUUCUUUCUCUCCAACAUAAAGGAUGACAACAAUUUAAACAGUAGGUGUGGAUGUGGUCACCUGCACCAAGGCUCGGCAUAUAACACCAUAGGUCUGCACCAUUCAAGACAAUGUCUCCUUUCACCCGUUCCUAAGUUCAUCACAUGUACAUUUUCAGUUAGGUCUACCCAAUUUAAGAAUAAACUGUAUAUUAUUGUUAUUACAGUAUUAUUAAUAUUA